AGUAGUCGUGGCCGAGUGGUUAAGGCGAUGGACUAGAAAUCCAUUGGGGUCUCCCCGCGCAGGUUCGAAUCCUGCCGACUACGAAUGUUCUCUUUUAACCCUGCCAACUUUUAAUUGGUUGGCCCGUACUCAGCGGGCAGAAAGCAGGGCACGGAGUCAAAAACGGGACUCUGCAGCCAAUAGUUUGGAAAAGACAGACGGAAGGGAUUGUGUCAUUUCUUCCGGGAUCUCCUUCCCAGGCUUGCACCAGAAGCAGCUGCACCGCAGAGCAGGGGAAAUCGUGCGCGUUGCCUGGCAGACCAGGAGCCAAGGAGGGGAGAGCACCAUGCAACACGGCCCGGGGCCUACCGUAUUCGUCACCACGAGGCUUAAGAUGAAGAUGCCCUCAGGUCAAACUCCUGGUGACGUAAACGGACAAAUCAAGUUUGCCAGUGAUCUUGGCAACAGCAUGGACAAAGGUUGCCACGGCAUAUUCUGAAAUGUUUUUCUACUUCCCGCCCAAGUACUAGCCAGACCUCUUCAGAAUGGCCAUACAGGGAUAGAUCUGUCAGUCCCAGAGUACCAAGAAAUACGAGGAAAAAUGAUGUCUGGGCAUGUGGAAUAUAAUAUUUUAGUAGUUACCCAACUGGCUGCAUUCAAAUCUGCCAAGCACAAACCUGAAGACAACGUUCAGUUUAUGGUUUCUAAGAAGUACAGCGAUAUUGAUGAGUUUUAUCAAAAACUUGUCACACGUUAUCCACAGACCUCUCUGCCACCCUUGCCAAGAAAAGUGCUGUUUGUUGGAGAAUCUGAUAUUCGGGAACGAAGGGUUGCCUUCAAUGAUAUUAUGAAAUUGAUUUCUAAAGAUGUGGCUCUAGCAUCAAGCCCUGAGUUGCUGGAAUUUCUGGGAACCAGAUCCACUAGUGUCAUUGAUGUCAAGAGUAAAAACCUUCCCAAGAAGGAAGAAGAGGAUGAAGAAACUGAAAGCUUUGAUUUUUUCAAAGAGGAAAAGAUACCUGAUGUCAUUUCUCAGUUCAGUUCAUUUAAAGGCCAAGAUGCUAAAAAGGAAAAAGAGGAGGAGGAGGAGAAUGAUGUCGACCCACUUGGUGUCCUCAAAUCUAAAAAGCUCAAGAAGCCCACAUCCUCUCCUGCUAAAGAAGAUAAAACCAAGUUAAUGAUUUUUCGUGGAGAAGUAGAUCCAGGUGAAGAACUGUUUGGCAUGGCUGAAGAUUUUUCAUCCCCUGGUAACAAGAAGAUAUUGACAGUCAAAGAAGAUGUGAAAUUAUUUGAAGGUCCAGAUCUUGGUGGAGUGGUAACUCUUGGAGACCCACUGCUGUUUCUGGCAGCCAGUGAAGACAGAGAACCUGUAUUAAAUGCUAGCCCUGCUGAGGACAUGGAAGAACUUUUGAGAGUGGAAGAUGAUUUUGAAAAAAUGCUGCAAGUGAGCUCUAAACCCAAGCCUAAACCCAAGCCCACCAUAGCAUCAAAGCCAGUAAUAUCUAGAAAACCAAUGAUACCUGAGAAAAAGCUCCCAUCUUCACCAGCCCAAACAGGACAGGCAGCAGAAGAGAAGAUCCAAAUCAUGGAUGAGAUGGACAUUCUCAAAUACAUUAAAGAAAAUGAAUCCCUUAGUAAUGAAGAACCAAGCCUCUUCUGAAGCACUGCUACUGGUGAACUUUCCUCAGGAAAAAAUUCCAUCAGCCAUCUGCAUCUUGGAUGUCCAACAUCCCUUGGCCCCAUGUCCUCGUUGCCCUUUGGCUGCAGGUUUUUUUAAAACAAUGGAUCUUGAUAUUGGGGUUAGAAUUCUGCAAAAAGUUAUGAACAACAAUAAGUUGAUAAAAAGAAUGUUGCUAGCUUUGAGCAAAUGGAUUAUUUGGCUGAAAAGUAUCAGAGGUCAAAAUUAAUAAAGGAACUAACAUGGAUGAGUUAAAUAUUGACAAUGGGUUGGAACUGUUGUUGUUGAAUAGAAGUUGUUUAUUUCCAGACAGUUUUCAAAGUUGUUGGAAAAUAUUACUGAAGUUCAAGGAACACACAUAAAAACAUUUUUCAGAGUCAUAUUUCUCCUUUAAGGGUUAUAAUGCAAUGAGUCUAGAUUCUUGGGAGCUUGCCUAAGUGCUUCUGUAUGAAUGGCCCUAUUUGUCUCUCAAUUUUCUGAUCAGAUGGUAGCUUUUUGUUAUACACUGGAGCCACCUUGAAAUGUCUGCAGAACAUGGAAAAAAGGCAGGGGAAGAGUCUGCAAGAGAUUCCUGAAUAAUGAUGUGAAUGAUGGCUGUUUUUAAUAUCUUUAUAAUUUGGAGAUGGUCCCUUUCUCAGUGUCAAGAAGUGUGUUUCUUUUUGCUGUUAAAGACUCACAUCUGUUGUUACUGUUUGGCAGGAUGAAAUUUACCAUUUGGUAGGUGCCAAGCCCCUGAUACUUGUGGUAGGAUUAGGAAAAUGAACAGCAACACUGCAUUUUUGAUAGUUGAAUUAUACAUUAGUUAGUUCAUUAAUUAGUUGACAGAGUUCUCUUUUUAUAUGAACGUAUCCUGUGUUUUUCCCAGUCCUUUCACUCAGAUGACAGAGCCCCACAAAGUUAAUAAGCCAUAUUAAAUAAUUAAUAAGCUAGUAAAUUUACCUGGAUUGCUUUUUGAAUAUAGAACUGAGUGAAUGCAAAAAGCAUUUAAAGCACUUCAGAGUAUUUACAUGUUUAAUGCAUGGUGUUCCAUUUAUAAUUAUAUGAUGCUUUACAUUCUGUUUUAAAUAAAAUGAAACUCUUAAGUACUACUAAUAUUAAACAUUUCCUUUGAGAAAUAAGUAACAAAGAUGAACAAAAUAUGUGAUGAUGCAGUAAAAUAAAGGGAAGUUAGCUGUGCAGGAUGGGUACUGUUUGUUAUCUUUUCUCAUCUGGAAUCAGAAUGGACAAUUCUCUUCUGUUGAAGGUCAUUAUUCUGAGAGGCAGGGUCUUGGCGAUGAAUUGAAGAGGUGAGAAAUGCACAGCAAAAGAGUGGUCCUACCCAUUUCCCCUCUUUUUGCCAUCCCUUUUUCUUUCUCAACAUCCCUUUCUUCCAUGCUAGCUGUAGCAAACUCUUAUCAAUGGUCUUUGAUAAGAGUUUGCUACAGCUAGCAUCACUUUUGAAGUGCUUUUAACAUUAGUUCUAAGAGGGCUGUAUCACUUCGAACCUAUUCUAAACAGAAUGGUAUCUUUAAAACAAUCCUUAAUUUAGAAAUGUUAUAUUACAUGCAGGACAGUACCAGAUAUUGGGUAUCAUGAACCCGUCGAUGUAGUUUUCUAAAAAUAAAUGGUUAGGGCUGAGAAACAUCUUGAGUACAGUUGAGUUGUGCUUAUGGUCGGUUGGGGGAGCAACCUGCAAGGUGAGAAAAAGGCAGAUGGAUAUAGACAGAAGAGGGCUGUGACCUUCCUAGAGAGAUUAAGAGGUCCUGAGGGUUUGGCUGUGCCAAAAUGAGGCUCAUCUGCUUCUUUGGCCCCAUGCUACUGCCUGCUCUCCUGUCGGGGGGGGAGAGUCAAAAUUAGACCAGGUCACAGGUAAAUGAUCAAAUAAAAAUAGCGAAGUAGUCACAACUAGAAACAGUUGAUUGCACAAGCAUAGCAGAAUGUAUGCGUUAGUGGCAACAUCAUGUAACUGGAUUUGAUCUGCUGUGAUAACCUUGCAAAACACUUGAUAUCCUGGAGAAUCUUUAAAAUUCUGUUUUCCUAUUGUAACAGGGUAUCUGCUUUGUACUUUUGAUGUCAUUAAUACUGAAAUGCCAAAUAGAAUUCCACAGAUUCUCUCUGUAGUUUAUUUUUGUGACUUGACAAUAACCAUGUAAUUGUUGUUUUAAGUUUUCCUGAUUUUCAUUGUAAUUUCUAUUAAAGGCUUGUAAUUUUAAAAUAAUUAUUUACAUUUGGGACACUACAUAUUGUGUAGUGCCCUAAAGAUUUCACUGGAAACACAUUUUACAUAAUAAAGUAUAUUUCUGUGCUGUAUUUUGCCUUUGAGAGAUGAGCUGGAAUAAAUACACAAUAACAAUUGUUCAACUGAACUAGAGGAAA